CACAAGUACACGUACAAGUGUACAAAAUAUAAGUGUGAACUCAUGUUAUAACAGGUGAUUCUACAGUUUAGGAUUUUGGGUACAUGUACCUCAUCCUCACAAGCGCUAUCUUCAGGAUUUUAGAACGUGGACCAGGACUCGGAGUACACCUGAUACAUAUACACCGAGUGAACAGACUGACCGUCUCGAUCCCGUCUUGUCAAGGAGAUAACUGAGAUACUUGUAAUGGGACGAGAGGAGUUCCACCGGGAGGGGGACGACUUCAUUCCAAAAAAUUCUCACGCAUCAAAUGCUCAGCAAAAGAGUUCCUUUCUCACGAGACGUCCAUUACUAAUCAUAGGAUUAUGUCUGGUUUUUGUUGUCAUCUACACUGUUGCUUUGACGCUUGGAAUCGUACUAUCUCAUCCACACAAGCAUAGGCACACGGAAAACGUUCGAAAGAUCACGGUUGCUGUCGGCGCAGUUGCCAGUGAUCAUGAAACUUGUUCAGAAAUUGGACGAGACAUCUUGGCGAGGAAUGGGUCUGCAGUUGACGCCGCCAUCGCUACCCUUCUCUGUGACGGUCUGAUGUCAUCACACAGUAUGGGAAUAGGGGGAGGAAGUUUCUUCGCUAUCUACGAUGCCAAAACUAAACGGACCAAGACAAUAAAUGCCAGGGAGGCUGCCCCAGCAGCUCUGACAAAAAGCCUGAACACCGGGACUGGACCUAGGAGCAAAGUGUUGUCUAUCGGAGUGCCGGGAGAAAUCCGCGGAUACUGGGAAGCUCAUCAGAGGUAUGGACGGUUACCAUGGAAAGAACUGUUCCUCCCUACAAUAGGACUGGCUGAGGAUGGUCACUAUCUCUCCCAACCUGUCCACAGAGCCAUUACAGUACUACGGGAGAAAUAUAACAUAGAUUUGUCAGACAAUGCAGAAUUCUGUAAGAUCUACUGUGACGACACCGGUAAGACUGUACCAGAAGGAGCCCUGAUCAAAAUGCCACGUCUGGCGCAGACCUUGCGGGGAAUUGCUGAAAAUGGACCGUCCUAUUUAUAUGAAGGGCCGGUCGCGGACGCAAUUAUGCGAGAAAUACAGGAACAAGGUGGUGUCAUGACAAAAAAGGAUCUGGCAGAAUAUAUUCCAGUGGUGGAGGAUGGUAUUGCCGUUGACCUUGGUGACGUCACGCUACUCACCAUGGGUGCACCGAGUGGUGGGCCAGUCCUUGGCCUCAUUCUGGACAUACUUAAAGGGGUACUGAAGGGGAAAUCAGACAUGGCGACGUCCCAAAUGCAGUCUGCAACAUUUCACGCUCUGAUUGAGGCGACAAAGCUGGCGUACGGCGAAAGGUGGCAGCUAGCUGACCCGGCCUUCGUGCCUGACGUCAAACAGGUUGUCAAUAAAAUGAUAUCGGGUUCAUUCGCAACUUUUCUACGGAAUGAAAAACUGGACCUGCGCAGAACACACGAUUGGUCGUAUUAUAGCAAUAUAACAUACCAGCCGAAAGACCAAGGGACUGCGCAUGUGUCGGUUUUAUCCCCCGAUGGAAGUGCUGUUUCUGUUACAAGUAGUAUAAAUUACUAUUUUGGAUCGACUAUUGUCUCGCAAUCCACAGGGAUAAUUUGGAAUAACGAAAUGAGUGAUUUUUCAAAGGACAACCCCCGCAAUUUUGUCGAGCCAGGCAAGCGACCUUUAUCGUCAAUGGUGCCUGCCAUUUUUGUUGAUAAAGCAGGAGAGGUACAAUUGAUAAUUGGCGGAGCAGGUGGCGCCACUAUCACUCCUGUCGUAUCGGAGGUUUCUGCAUUUCUACUUUUCCUGAAGGACAGCGUAGAUGAGGCUAUAAGGAGAAAAAGAUUAUUUCAGCGUCUAGAUUCUAAUACUCUUCAGUUCGAAAAAGGAUUCCAACAGGACAUCGCCAAUGAUCUGGCGACGCGGUAUGGCCACCAGGUAGUGGAGUAUGGCGGAGAUUAUAUGGCUGUUGUGCAGGCUAUCGCUAGAAACCCGAGCACGGGAGAGAUAACUGCAUUUUCAGAUGAAAGAAAAAUAUCGGGAAAAGCUAAGUUCUUAACGAAGGAGGUGAAUGUGACUUUUAGUUAAAUAUUCCGUUAACAUAGUAAAAGACUUGAUCGUUCAUACAUUACAUUAAUCUAUCUCAUCUGAUGUAAAUAAUGUCACAGCAUAUGUGUAAAGAUGUAUGCUGAUUCACAUAUAGAUAGAGUUGUAUUGGCGUAAACUAUCAUUGUUUAUGAAAUAAAAUAUUUUUUCACAA